AAAAUGGGAGAUAACAAAGACCAGGAUUUCUUUUCACACAAAUUUCCAACUUCUUCUCAGGUGGUGGAAGAGUUGAAGGAACUAUUAGGCAUGGCUUUUCCCAUAACAGCCAUGAACUUCUUGGUGUUUGUGAGAGCAGUGGUUUCUGUUCUCUUCCUGGGUAGACUUGGAAGCCUAGAACUAGCAGGUGGUGCACUUUCUAUAGGCUUCACUAACAUAACAGGGUACUCUGUUCUUGUGGGUCUUGCAGCAGGUCUUGAACCUGUGUGUAGCCAAGCCUAUGGAAGCAAAAACUGGGAGCUUCUCUCUCUCUCUCUCCAACGCAUGGUCCUCAUACUCCUGAUGGCAAUAAUCCCCAUAAGCCUUCUCUGGUUAAACCUUGAAAAGAUCAUGCUUUUCAUGGGGCAAGACAGUGGCAUAACAGAAAUGGCAUCAAUCUACUGUUUCUACUCUCUCCCAGAUCUUCUCACAAACACCUUGCUCCAACCCUUAAGGGUGUUUUUAAGGUCUCAAAAGGUGACAAAACCCAUGAUGUAUUGUUCCCUAGUGGCAGUGGUUUUUCAUGUGCCCUUGAACUAUUUGUUGGUGGUGGUGAUGGGACUAGGGGUGCCAGGGGUGGCAAUGGCUUCUGUGUUGACAAAUUUGAACAUGGUGGUGUUGAUGACAGGGUAUGUCUGUGUGUGGAGGAAGAAGGAGAUAGUGAUGAAAUGGGGUUCUGGUGGGGGAAUGUUGUUUGGGAUGUGUUCUGGGUUGGGGCAGUUGAUGAGUUUGGCUAUACCUAGUUGUUUUAUGAUAUGUUUGGAGUGGUGGUGGUACGAGAUUGUCACUGUCAUGGCCGGGUACUUGCCUACUCCUACUCUCUCUGUGGCAGCCACUGGGAUUUUGAUUCAGACAACUAGCAUGAUGUACACUGUCCCCAUGGCACUAGCAGGUUGUGUUUCUGCCAGGGUAGGGAAUGAGCUAGGAGCUGGUAAACCUUACAAGGCAAAGCUAGCAGCGAUGGUUGCCUUAGGAUGUGCUUUUGUGAUAGGCUUCAUCAAUGUGACAUGGACUGUGAUCCUUGGACAAAGAUGGGCCGGGCUUUUCACCAAUGAUGAGCCUGUUAAAGCCUUGGUUGCUUCAGUGAUGCCAAUCAUGGGCUUAUGUGAGCUUGGAAACUGCCCACAAACAACAGGCUGCGGCAUCCUCCGAGGCACUGCCCGGCCUGUUGUAGGGGCUCACAUAAACCUGGGCUCAUUCUACUUUGUGGGUACUCCUGUGGCUGUGGGCCUGGCAUUUUGGUUCAAGAUUGGGUUCAGUGGGCUUUGGUUUGGGCUUCUCUCUGCACAGGUAGCAUGUGCUGUGUCAAUCCUCUAUGUUGUGUUGGUACGCACAGAUUGGGAAGCUGAGGCUUUGAAGGCUGAGAAGCUCACUAGAAUUGAAAUGGGUAGUUGCAAUGGGGUUAGGAGUAAGGACGAUGUAAAAGAUGAAGAAAGUGAUAGGUUGUUGGUGAAUGGAAAUGAGAACAACAAAGAUGACAUAUGCUAA